CGUUCUUUGUGCCGCGCAGCGAUCGGACCGGUGUGUAUUAAAUGCUUGGAAUUCGAAAAAUGAAACACCAUCGGACUACUACUGCACGCUUUGGAUUAUUUGAUUACCAGGGCUAUUUCGUAGUUCCUAGGGACUGACAGAAAUCAUCCAUCGCUUGAAACGUAGACUCAGGCUGGAUUUCUGAGCAGCUAUGCGUUCGUACAUGACAGACCAUCGAACUCCGAUGGCCUGGAAGCAUCGUGACAUGACAUUGCAGAGCAACGGACCUCAGAGGAAUGGCCAUUCACACCAUCACCACCACCAUCAUCAUCACAGACCACCACCGAGUCCCACGAUCACCACUUCCUCGUCAGACGAAAGGGAAGAAGUGCCUAUGGUGAGAAGUCCUCUACAUCACCAUCACCGCAGACCACACAGCAGAGGGAAUCGGUUCAGGGAUGUACAGUCGCAGUUCUCGGCUGCCGACCCUUAUCCCUCCAUCGGACCUCCUUUUAGAACAGGAGGAACCCUCAGGUCCACCAGAAGUGUACCAGCCCUUGCCUUAGCUACGUGGGACGGUGAACCAUGCCCAGUCCAUGGCCACGGAGUGCCUCUAUUCCACCACCAACAUCCCCACAAUGGACUCAGCAAUGCUGGCACAAUGCGACGCCACGGAUCUCUGUUCGAUGUCAGACUUCCGUAUUUUGGACAUCCCCCGUUUGGACCUCCGGUGCAAUUUCCAGCACCCCCCACUCUGCUUGAGAAAAAAUCCUUCCACGGGUCCAUGCAACUGAAUCCUUACAUGGUACCACCGAUGAUGCGGCCAAGACCUUAUGUGAUACCUGCGGGCGCCGAACCUUUGCCAGUGAGGGAUCCUUACAAAAUGGGGAGGACCCCGCCUGCCUCUGCGUACGCUGGAUCCAAGGCAGACGAUGCGUACAGCGUGGAUCAAGUGUGUUGCAAAGGACAUCUAAUUGUGCUGUGGAUCAUAUUGGCUGUCGUCACGGUCGGGGUCAUCCUGGGAAUUGUACUUGGAGUGACGAUAGCCUAGCUUUUUUUUUUCUUUUUUUGGAGUAUAGCCAAUUUUACGUGAAAAUUUUUUUUAUCUGGCGGUGCUGUUUUUGGAGAUUUCAACAGAAAAGAAGUACAAUUUCACAGAAACAUUUAUUUUGUUGGCUUUUUCAGAUGGUUACACAUUGAUAUAAGAUCACUAUUGGAGAGUUAAAGUCUUUCAAAAAGACGGAAAUCGCGCUAAACUAUUUCAAACUGACUGAUUUUCAAACUAUUCAAAUUCUUGAAAUUAGUUCCAUUUCAAAUUAUUUAAGCAUUUCAAACCGACGCAAAUUCAAAUAAGCUCAACUUCAAGUUAUCCGAAAUCACAUUUCAUUUCUUUUACUUGACCAACUAACAACUGCUUUUGCUACUAUCUGCAAAUUAAAACACAUUCCAAAAAGAACCUUAAUUUUUCAUAUGGAUGAUCUUAUAUCAAUGUGUGUCUGCAUUUUUAAAAUUGUUGCCAUAUAUGUUGUUUGUUGGUGAUCUUGCUAAUAUCUUACGUAGAUAAUAACUUCGAAAAAUUUCAAUUACAUAUUAGUCAUUGUUUAUAACUCUAAUUUGUACCCACCAGGCACACAUAAUUUUCACAAUCAUUUUUUUUUCUUUUUUUUUUGUAUGGUGUGUAAAAAAUGCGUUCCUGUGCCGCAAAUUAUUUAAUGAAAUAUUUUAUCCUUCUUGAAAGAAACAAUUUUUCAAAUAUGUCUAUGUUUGUAAAAAAUAUAUAUGUGCUGUCUGAAUAAAGAUUUACAUUCUUAGAUUUAAAAUUAUUUUUUUACUAUGACGUGUGUCCUUUUCGUAUUGCUAAUCUUUGCAAGUAUUCCUUGUAAUCAGUCUUGUUUUAUUUCCAGUAGCUGUCUCAGCUUUUUUCAUUUGCUGCUCUUGUUGUACUCUCAGUAACGAACUUCUAUUUACUUUUUUGCUCUCGCUCUGCUUCCAGUUAACUAGCUAUUCCUUUUUCUUUGCCGCUAUAGUUUUACUUCGAGAAAAUAAGCAGCUUCUUUUUUAUUUGCUGCUCUUGUUUUUACCUCCAGUAACCAACUGCAUCUUUUUUCUUUAAUGCUACUUUAAGGUUUUAGCUUUAAUGCUACAAGCUAAAAUUUAAAAUUACUGCCAAAUUUGAUUCAGUCUCGUCAAAAAAGGGAAGUUGAAGAAUCUCAUCAUUUAAAACGAGAUAUGCGUCGUAAGACUAGAAUUUUUGCCCAAGCAUUUUUCUUUCUUUCCAAAGUUUCAGCUGAAAUUUUAAUCUGAAAAUUAUGAUGUGAAGUGAAUAAUAUUAAUCAAAACAAAUAAGUUUAAUAAUUGAUAUGUUAAUCCCAAACCAUAAAAAGAAAUCAACAUAUUUUUCCUUCUUUCUUUUUAAAUGUAUUCGUGUAAAUGCACGGACAAUUUUGUGAACGCUAUCAAAGAAAUUUUGUGAAGUGUUUCUAAGCGUUUGCGUCUUUAAUGCCACUAUACCUUGUCCAUUUACUGCAGUCAAUAGAAUAAUUUGACGGUUACAAGAGUAACAAUACUUAAACACAGUGCUGUAGUUGGAGGGCACUGUUCCCCGAAAUAUUUGGUAUUCUGUUGUAAAAAUAAGGCAAAUGUAAUGUAAAUUGGUUGUGAUGCACCUUUUCUCUUGGCGAGUCUGGUGAGUUCCCCCAAAAAUUUUUUCCCCUAACUACAGAACUGCUUACAAAUACAAAACAGAAGCGAACAGAAGGCUAUAGAGAGAAAGAAACCGUCCCUUCUUAAUAUUUUAUAACAGUUUGAGCUAAUUUCUACUUUUGCAUAACUAAGGCAGUGAGAAGCAAGCAAGCAAAGGAUGUAAGUGGCAAAAUUAAAAAUUUGGAGAUAACCAGUACAAAUGGUAGGUGAACCUCUCCUCAGUCUUGGGGCAAGAGAUAGUACUAGUAGUCCUGGUAGGUGCUGCUGUACAGCACAAUUUGGGGAAAAAAAAUUAAUGAAAGCCUACCUAGGAAGUUAUCUCAAAACUUGAAAAUGUCCACUUGCAUCCCUUUGCUUCUCACUGCCUCGUAUGAUGUUUGAAGACAUAUUCAAUACAGCUCAAUGUUUUAAAAGGGUGCUUUGUAAACUAUGAUUGUAUGUGCUUUAUUGAAAAUUUGUAUCUUAAAAUAAAGUA